AAUAAAUGAUGAGCGAUGCGUGCCAGAAGUUUAUUAUUGUUCCUUAUUUGCGUUGUAGGGAGCAGUAUUGUUUUUAUUGCUUUCAGCAAUCAAAGACCUUCUAUUCAAACAUUAGUCACAGAAACACACAAACAAUUACGGAAUUUCCAGGAGAACUUAAAAGAUGUCGAAGAAAAGCGAUUGGUUACAGAUUCAAAAUACCUUGCACUACUUGGCCUUGAUGGUCAAACAAAUACUACGCCUUUAAUACCAAAAUCACAAAACGUCACUGUGGUGUCUUUACUUAGACCUGGAAAUGAGCAAAAUAUUUAUGGUUUUGUUAAAAAUGUCAGUCAUUUUUUGCCGAAUAACAGUAUUGUUGUUUAUAGUGUUGGAUUAAAUGACGAUGUAUUACAAGCUGUAAGAUCAGUUUGCAAUUCUAGUAAAUGUAAUGUCGUUCAAUUUGAUUUAAGCUCAUUUCCUGCUCACGCUGAAGACGACAGGCUCCACGUGUAUAGGCCUCUAGUUAUUCAGACGGCUUUAAAUACACUAGAAAACGUAUUAUAUAUGGAUUCAAACGUACGAUUGAAUUCUUCAGAAGUCUCAAAAUAUCUUUUACCUAAAUCAGGAAUUUUAACAUGGCCAACGAGGCACGCUAUUAGUUCUCUCACUCAUCCAAAGAUGUAUGAAUAUUUUCACACAACAAGGGAUAGUUUUUUAUUUCUUCCAUUAAUUAGGGCAUCACGAUUAAUUAUUAGAAAUACCAAUGAAAUAAGGGAAAAAGUAAUGCUCCCUUGGGUGCAAUGCGCAUUAACACGGGACUGUAUUUGUCCUAUAGGAGCUCAAUCAGCAGGUUGUCGUUUUAAUAAAAAACCACAAUAUCGUUAUUCAGGUUGUCAUGCAUACGAUACGGCAGCUUUGAAUAUAGUACUUGGAUUAUAUUUUAAUUUCAUUGAUACUUAUUAUAUUCAUCGAGAUGGAGAAAUGUAUUUCUUUAAAAUGACAUCCGAGGAAAUUAAUGAUGAAUAUUUAUCAAUUGUCAAACAAAAUAAUGUUACAGAAACAAAUUCAAGGGGCAUCAUGUAUACUGAACAUUAAUCUUUUUACAUUUUGGAUCUCAAAAUAUUUUCUAUUUAUAAUAUUAAGCGAUACAUUGAAAGCACAAUUAUAUAAUUUAAGUCUCUUGAAAUAAAAAAAUACAAUAUGAAAAUUUUAUUUAAUUUUUUGAAAUUUCUGUUAAUUAUUAAAAUUUUAGGGUUAUUUAAUAAAACUAAUGAAUUUUCGAAUAAACUCUUAUUAUUUUUGCUAUAUAUAUAUAUAAUGUAAACUCCAAUACACAAACUACUUUGGAAGUAAAAUAUUCUAAAAUGCCAAUAAUUUAUCAAAUAUUUACAUUUAGAUUAUUUUUCAUUUAUAUUGCGGACGCUAUUAUAUUUUAAAUAUUACACUGGUAAAGAAAUUGAAAAAAUUCAUAACUGAUAUUAUGUAUUUACAAAAGAGGCGUUUAAUAAUUAUUUACAUUUGUGUCAAAAAGUUAAAUUUUUUUUAUACUAUUGCGCUUUGAUAAAAGACAAAAAAAAUUACGUGAAAAUAAAUAAAUGCAAACAUUCGUAAAUAAAACAAUACUAAUUCUAAAAUAUUUAAAAAAAAAACAGCGAUCGUAAUUAUUUAGCAAACUUUAUGAGGAAAUUUUAACAUAAUUUUUAAAUAUACUUUCAUAGUUAUUUUUCAAUUAAUGAAAUAUUAAAAAAUUUAUGGAUUUAUAUGGGACAAUUGAUUUUUGAAAAUAAGAGGCCAUACCUCUUCAGUCUUUUUUCCUCUUUGUUAUUUAAAAUUUAUUAAAUAAAUACAUCCCUGUUGACAUUUUUCUAAAUAAAAAAAUUUUUUUAACCUGUAUUUAUUUUAAACUCUAUUUUAAGUUGCAAUUCAAUAGAAUUGAUAUCUGUACGUUAAAGAUAACAAAUAAUAUAAUAAAUAAAAAAAACCUGUUUGUAAAAUCUUAAAAUUUUAAUAUUAAAACUAAUAUUUCCUUUCUUAGGCAAUAAAAUUUCUACAUUACAAAAAAAAAGAGAACUAGUUUGUCCAUGAAGAAAACUCUUCUUUGGAAAAUUCAAUUUCAAACACACGUAAAUAACAAAAAAAAAAAGAAAAA